CUUCUCCCCAAAAGACUACUCGUCGCCGAGCUUCCAUCGGAGUUGGGUAGCGGCGGUGAAAGCAGUAAAGAAGAUGACAACCAUAGACAAGAUCUUAAAGGAUCAAAGAGCGGAAGGAGCUGCAACUGUAAUGGCUAUAGGAACCGCAGUUCCGUCGAACUGGGUUCAACAAACUACUUAUCCUGAUUACUAUUUUCGUAUAACCAACAACGAGCAUAAAACUGAGCUCAAACACAAAUUCAAGCGCAUUUGUGAAAAGUCGACAAUCCGGAAGCGACACAUGCUGUUAACAGAAGAGCUUCUAAAACAAAACCCAAAAAUCUGUGCACACGAAGCACCGUCUCUGGACUCCCGACAAGACAUUGCGGUGGUCGAAGUUCCAAAGCUCGGAAAACAAGCCGCCGUCAACGCCAUCAGGGAAUGGGGCCGCCCCACCGCCGACAUCACCCACUUGAUCUUCUGCACCAGCAGCGGCAUCGACAUGCCCGGCGCCGACUACCGUCUCACCAAGCUCCUCGGUCUCCGCCCCUCCGUCAAGCGCUUCAUGAUCUACCAACAGGGCUGCUUCGCCGGCGCCACCGUCCUCCGCCUCGUCAAAGACCUCGCCGAAAACAAUCGCGCCGCCCGUGUCCUCGCCGUCUGCUCCGAGAUCACCGCCGUUACCUUCCGUGGGCCGAGCGAUUCCCACCUCGACGGUCUCGUGGGCCAAGCCCUGUUCGGCGAUGGAGCCGCUGCGAUCAUUGUGGGCUCGGAUCCAGUACCUGGGCUUGAGAGGCCCAUAUUCGAAAUAAUCUCUGCGGCCCAAACUAUUUUGCCCGAUAGCGAUGGGGCCAUUGAUGGGCAUUUACGCGAAGUUGGGCUUACAUUUCACCUUCUCAAGGAUGUUCCUGGGCUUGUGUCCAAAAACAUUCGGAGGAUUCUUCUUGAGGCCUUUGGGCCUUUGGGCCUUUCUAAUUGGAACUCGAUUUUCUGGAUUGUGCAUCCUGGUGGGCCGGCCAUUUUGGACCAGAUUGAGAUGGAGUUGGGCCUUGGGCCCGAUAAGUUGCGUUCGUCGAGGCACGUGCUUAGGGAGUACGGAAACAUGUCGAGCGCGUGCGUGUUUUUUAUUUUGGAUGAGAUGAGGAAAAAGUCGAGCCAAAAUGGGCUCAAGACCACUGGCGAGGGACUUGAAUGGGGCGUGUUGUUUGGGUUUGGGCCUGGGCUUACUGUUGAAACUGUAGCCCUUCGUAGUGUGGCUAUUUAGAGGCCCAAUUCAUGGGCCCGUAUAAUUAAAUGGGCUAUUGCCAUGUGAGUUCAGGACUUCGAGUUUUAUUAUAAAUUACUAAUUUCAUAAUA